AUGACCACGCCCACGCCCAAACGUAUCGUUGUAGCCAUGACUGGGGCAACGGGAUCCGUGCUGGGAGUAGAACUACUGCGAGCACUUCGUUGCAUGAAUAUCGAAACGCACCUAGUCAUCAGCAAAUGGGCCGCUGCCACAUUGGCCUACGAGACAGACUAUACUGUGAAAGACCUUCGCGCACUCGCGUACAAAACGUAUUCCGCCCAGGAUGUCGCCGCAUCGAUAUCCAGUGGCUCGUUCCGGACACAAGGAAUGAUCAUCGUUCCGUGCAGUAUGAAAACACUGAGUGCGGUCGCCAAUGGAUACGGGGAUGACUUGAUCACGAGAGCUGCGGAUGUUACUUUGAAGGAGAGGAGGAAGCUCGUUGUUGUUGCUCGCGAGACGCCAUUGACGGGCAUUCAUCUGCACAACAUGGCAACAAUUACAAGCAAUGGCGGCAUCAUAUUUCCACCCGUGCCCGCAUUCUACACAAAACCUACAUCAGUGGACGAUAUCAUAAAGCAAAGCGUGGGCAGGAUGCUAGACAUGUUUGACGUGGAUUCUGGUGACUUUGAGCGAUGGUCAGGAUUCUGA